UCUCGCUGAAUCGUUGUGCGGAAGGAAGGACGACGGAGAAAGAAGAGGAGGAUCAUAGGAGGGAGGGAGCAUGGGAGGCGACUGCACCCCGACGUUGGCCAUGGUCUUCGUCCAAGUGGGAUUCGCCGGCCUGAAUGUGCUGUCGAAGCUGGCGAUGGACGACGGCAUGAGCCCCUUCGUCAUGAUCGCUUACCGGCAGAUCGUCGCCACCAUCUUCCUCUCCCCCAUCGCCUUCUUCCUCGAGCGAAAAGCUUCCAAGGAGAUCACAGGCAAAGUCCUUUUCCAAAUAUUCCUGUGCUCAGUCUUCGGCGCCACGUCCAACCAGAUCUUGUAUUUUGUGGGGCUCAAGUUUUCCUCGCCGACGAUCGCGUGCGCCCUCAGUAACAUGCUACCGGCCAUCACCUUCGUCAUCGCAGUGCCGUUCAGGAUGGAAACGGUGGGGAUCAGAACGGUGGCCGGUCAGGCCAAGGUGGUAGGAACGGUUCUCUGCGUUGGUGGCUCCAUGCUGAUGACGUUCUACAGAGGCGGCCUCAUCAAGAUGUGGCAAUCCCCCCUCCACUGGAGAUACGCCGAGAGGAUGACGACCGGCGAGGCCGGCUCCGAUUACCAGAGAAUGGGUUUCGGCGCCGUACUCGUCAUCGCCAGUUGCUUCGCCUGGGCCAUAUGGUUCAUCAUCCAGGCAAAGAUGAGCCAGAGCUUCUCGUCUCCCUACACGAGCUCCGCCAUCAUGUGCUUCAUGGCCAGCGUCCAAUGCAUCGUCGUUGCGGCCGCCGUGGAGAGGAGGAGGCUCUCGGCGUGGGCGCUCGGUUGGAACAUCCGGCUUGCUGCGUCCCUUUACAUUGGCUUGGUAGGCUCAGGUCUGGCUUUCGCACUGAUGUCAUGGUGCUUACAGAAGAGAGGUCCCCUCUUCGUCUCAAUGUUCAGCCCACUGCUGCUGGUUGUCGUCGCCGUCCUCGGGUGGGCGAUCCUCGACGAGAAGCAGUACGUUGGAAGUGUCGCGGGGUCUGUCGUCAUAGUUGGAGGGCUUUACUUGGUCCUAUGGGGCAAGGGGAGGGAGACGAAGAAGACGAGAGAUGCAAGUGGAAAGGAGACCGAAGCAGAGCACGAGGAAGGAGCCAUUGCAGCUGUUGGUCUGACCAUGUUCCCGAGUCCCCCCGUCUUUGCCAGUCCUAUGCAUGAGGCCCAACCAGGCCAACCUUAAGCCACGCAUGUUCAUCAAGCAACCGCAACGAGUCCGACGAGGAAGACGAAGUGACAUAUGGAACCAAGAAAACCCUAUAGCUAUCAGAUAUCUAAAAGUGCUGUUUUCUCGCUCUAAUAAUUGUUAUACAUAUAAUUUACAUUGUUUACAUCAAACAGUAAUAAAUCUAUAUUAGUAUACAUACUUUUGAAUAUGAUAAAUAUA